GACCCUAAGAAUGACUCAUGGAUCUUCGCCCUGGCUGUGCUUCUGAGCAGCACCUUCGUCUACAACAGCAUGGGCACCAUAAACCACCAGGCCCUGCAGCACCUGCAUUAUGUCACAGAACUCACUGAGCUGAUCAGGGCAAAGUCUUCCCCAAAUCCUGAUGGAAUAAAGAAUUCUUCAGAGUUUGUGAGUUUCUUUCCAGACUUCAUCUGGACUGUUCGGGAUUUCAUGCUGGAGCUGAAGUUAAAUGGAGAAGACAUCACGGAGGACCAGUACCUGGAGAACACACUGAAGCUGAUCCCAGGCAACAGUCCCAGAGUCCAAGCAUCCAAUUUGCCCAGGGAGUGCAUUAGAAAUUUCUUUCCUAAACGGAAGUGUUUUGUCUUUGACCGGCCAACGAAUGAUAAAGAACUGUUACGAAAAAUUGAGACUAUCUCAGAAGACCAACUGGAGCCUAAGUUCCAGGAACAAACAAGGGCUUUUGUUUCUUACAUCUUCACCUAUGCAAAGAUCAAGACCCUCAGAGAGGGAAUUAAGGUUACUGGGAAUCGACUGGGGACUCUGGUGACGACCUACAUGGAUGCCAUCAACAGCGGAGCUGUGCCUUGUCUGGAUGAUGCGGUGACAACUCUGGCCCAGCGUGAGAACUCAGCCGCUGUGCAGAAGGCAGCUGACCACUACAGUGAGCAGAUGGCCCAGCGACUGAGGCUCCCCACAGACACGCUCCAGGAGCUGCUGGGUGUGCACACGGCCUGUGAGAAGGAAGCCAUUGCUCUCUUCAUGGAGCACUCCUUCAAAGAUGAAAACCAGCAAUUCCAGAAGAAGCUGCUGCAAUUAAUAGAUGAGAAGCAAAGGAUUUUCCUGUUGAAGAAUGAAGAAGCAUCAGAUAAAUACUGCCAGGAAGAACUGAGUAGACUUUCAAAGGCUUUGGUGGAAAAUAUUUCAAAGUUUUCUGUUCCUGGAGGACACAGGCUCUACAUGGGGAUGAGGGAAAAGAUUGAACAUGACUAUUGGCAGGUGCCCAGGAAAGGAGUGAAGGCAAGUGAAGUCUUCCAGAGCUUUCUGCAGUCACAGGCCACCAUCGAGAGUUCCAUCCUGCAGGCAGAUACAGCCCUCACUGCUGGGGAGAAGGCCAUUGCAGAGGAGCGGGCCCAGAAGGAGGCGGCUGAGAAGGAACAGGAGCUGCUAAGACAGAAGCAGAAGGAGCAGCAGCAGCUGAUGGAGGCUCAGGAGAGAAGUCACAAGGAAAACCUAGAGCAACUGAGAACGAAGGUGGAGCAGGAGAGAGAGCAGCUCAUCAAAGACCAUGAAAGAAUGCUGGAGAAGCAGCUGCAGAAUCAGAAGGCUUUGCUUGAAGAAGGAUUUAAGAAGAAAGCUGAGGAAAUGAAUGGAGAAAUACAGCGAUUGAAACAUAACAUCGAGGAUAUGAACAAAAACAGUGGUUCCAUUUUAAACAAAAUUGUAGCAGGAUUCGCCACAGUGAUCUGUGCUCCUGCUUUAUUGCUUAUGGAGUCUGAGGACACCCCAGAGCUGAAGCUGCAACAUGUCCAGAGACUGUAG